AUGCCGUUUGGAUUGUGCAAUGCUCCAGCAACGUUUGAAAGGUUGAUGGAGCUUGUACUUAGCGGGCUAAUUGGAGAUGCCUGUCUGGUCUAUUUGGAUGACAUCAUCACCGUAGGCCGUACGUUUGAGGAACACCUUCAAAACCUGGAAUGUGUGCUCACAAAGAUCCAGAGUGCCAACCUCAAGUUGAGUGCGAAGAAGUGCUCACUAUUCAAACGGCAAGUUAGUUUUUUGGGGUAUGUAGUGUCGGAAGAAGGUAUCCGCACGGAUCCAGAUAAAGUUGCCGCUGUCAAGGAGUGGCCGAUUCCAAAAGACAAGACACAGGUUAGAGCAUUUUUGGAUGCAUUGUCAAGAAGACCUUGCCCUGAAGAUUGCAAGCAUUGUACUAGGCAAGAGGGUAAGGAAGUGGUAUCUGUGAGGAUGCUCAGGACAGACCAGCUCAGCAAUGAGUGGAAGGACAGCCUACAACAUGCACAGCAGGAAGAUUCGGACAUUAAGCCGAUUCUGGAAUGGAUAAAGGCCAGUGCUCCUAAGCCCAAGUGGAGCGACGUCUCAGCAAUGAGUUCGAUCACGAAAAGCUAUUGGGCCCAAUGGGACAGCUUGCUGAUUCAGGAUGGAGUCCUGUGCCGUAAAUGGGAAAAUGGUCGGGGAGACAGGUGUCAUUUGCAAAUGGUUGUCCCUAAGGCUAAAGUGCCGGAUAUUCUACAGCUAUACCAUAGUGGUUGUUCAGGAGGCCACCUGGGAGUUAAACGAACUCUCCUGAAGACCCGAGAACGGUUUUACUGGGUCCACUGUCGUGACGAUGUCGAGGACUGGUGCCGCAAAUGUACAAGUUGUGCGGCUGUAAAGGGACCUCAAAUUCGUAGUAGAGGCGCAUUGAAAUUGUACAAUGUUGGUGCACCAUGGGAGAGGAUAGCCAUUGACGUUGCGGGGCCGUUUCCAGAAACUGAAAGUGGUAACAAGUAUUUCAUGGUUGAGAUGGAUUACUUCACUAAGUGGCCAGAAGUCUUCGCCAUUCCAAAUCAAGAAGCUUCAACCGUUGCAGAUAAACUAGUUCAUGAAGUCUUCUGUCGUUUUGGAGUACCCUUAGAGAUUCACAGCGAUCAAGGAAGGAAUUUUGAGUCUCAAAUAUUCCAGGAAACUUGCCGAGUUAUGGGUACUCAGAAAACACGAACAACUUCUUACCACCCACAAUCUGAUGGAAUGGUAGAAAGAUUUAAUCAGACAUUGGAGAGGUACCUAGCAAAAGUUGUGGAAAAACGGCAACGAGACUGGGACAGGCACAUACAACCGUUUUUGUUGUCAUAUCGAAGCGCUGUUCACGAAAGUACAUCAGUGACACCAGCUUUCGUCAACUUUGGGAGAGAAUUGCGGCUGCCUGCAGACCUGAUCACCGGAAUACCACCUGAUGCCCCACGCAGUAUAACCGAUUAUGCAAAUGACUUGCGGAACAAAAUGAAUGACAUUUAUGAGCACGUCAGACAGACGGGCCAGCAAACGUCUGAGAAGAUGAAAACACGAAUAUCAGUAGGUGUGGAGGGUGGCGGUGCGGGGGUGGGUGCGGGGGCGGGCGCGGGGCGGAGUGCGUGCCGCUGGACGCUGUCGGGGCGCGGCGUGCGGCUGCGCGCCGACCUGGCCAGCCCCGAAGACGUGUCGCUCGACGCCGACCGCCACGGCACCUCCGUCUGA